GCAGAGGCGGCGGCGGCGCGCGGCGAGCGGGGACCGGGAGCGGGGCCGGGACCGGGACGGGCGGGGCGGGGGCGGCCGGGAGCGGCCCCGGGGCUGGCGGCGACGGAGCCCCCGUGCCCUGCUGCCCUGGCCGCACUAUGACUCUGGAGGAGCUGCCUGGCGAGCACCGCACGGCCGGCAGGAUGGAGCAGGCGGGGGACGCGCUGGAGGAGGUGCUGAGCAAGGCGCUGAGCCAGCGGAGCCUCACCCUGGGCGUCUACGAGGCGGCUAAGCUGCUCAACGUGGACCCGGACAACGUGGUGCUGUGCCUGCUGGCGGCGGACGAGGAAGAAGCCGGCGACGCGGCGCUGCAGAUCCACUUCACCCUGAUCCAGGCUUUCUGCUGCGAGAACGACAUCAACAUCCUGCGGGUCAGCAACCCGGCCCGCCUGGCUCAGCUCCUGCUGCCCCACACCGGCGCCGAGCCCCCCACCGACCUCCACUGCGUCCUGGUCACGAACCCCCACGCGUCCCAGUGGAAGGACCCGGCGCUGAGUCAGCUCAUGCGCUUCUGCCGGGAGCGGCGCUACGCCGACCAGUGGGUGCCGGUCAUCAACCUCCCCGAGCGGUGACGGCGCCGCGCCGGGGUCGGUGGGAUGCUUUCCGUGCUUUCGCACUUAGCUCAGGAAGGAAAACUCCCCCUGCCCUCGCGCGAGGAUGCCGGGGAAGGGGAGGCGUGGUGGGGUGGGGUGGAAAAAGGCAAAAAAAAAAAAAAAAUAAUCCCCCCAAAAAAAACAAAAUGUCGAGGGGGUGGACUCGUGUUGCGUGGGACGGAGGACGAGCGACGCGGCCGGGAAGCGAAGGGAAGGAGCCUGGGAGCGGCAGCGGGAGGAGCCGGAGCCUGCCCCGGGAGCGAGGACGCCGCCGAACGCCCCUCGAGGUUUCUUAAAGUGCGACUUGCAGGUUCUGGUUCAGCUCUCCGAAGAGCUCAAAGGUUAAUCGACACGCUUUACGACCGAUUUUUUUAGCGUAUUUUGGGAUGUUGAGUCUCGAGUUUUUAAUGCUAAGAUAUAUAGUAAGUUAUUUUAUGAUAUUGAUUUUAAAAAAAAGAAGUUAUUUAUACUCCGCGGUCUCAUAAGCAGACACCCCUGGAGCGGUUGGUCCUGGCCAACCCCACCUUUUAACAGGCGCCUGGUGAGAGCAGCUGCCCUAACGUCAUUGUCUGAAAGUGGAUAAUGCUUUGUUUCGGGGUGGUUUUUUUUUUUUUUCUGUUGUUUUUGAAAUAAAGUUGACUCUCGGAUCCUC